GGCGGUGGCGGCGCGGCGGGGCGGAGGAGGAUGAUCUCGCGAUACGCGCGGCGGCCCGUGCCCCCCGGCGCAGCGCGGGAGCGACAAGGAUUUCCAAAACGUGCCUUGCGGCAUCACCCACCACCGGAACCAGGGGCUGAGGUGUGCCCAGCCGAACCCACGGCCGAAAAGGAAGGCAAGAUCUCAAGGGAGUCCAAAAUCUGGAAGGGACCAGAUUACCUUUCUGUUGUGCCAGCUGAUCAUGGAAAUUCACGGUCUGCUAGUGAGAGUUACGCCGACACCUCCACUGAAGACAGCUCAGUCUUCUCCUGGGGCUAUGAUGAAUUUGAUAAAGCUGCCACACAACAAGUUCAGCAAAUGUUCAGACAAAUUGAUGAGCUUCUCUAUGAGCGGAAAGAGAAUGUACACAUUGAGGGACUGCGGGAAGAAUGUCACCAGUGGACAUCCAACUUUCCUCAUCUCAGGGUUGUGGGGAAGCAGAUAGUGAUCCCCACAGAUGAAGGAUACGGAUGGUAUGCAAGUUCACCUUCUGGCAGUUUAGGUUCCUCAGAUGUAAGUUCAACACGAGAAAAAGAUUCUGAUGAAUUUAGUGUUUUUGGCAAGAAGGUACCUCUUUCUGUUACUCCCAUUCACAAAAAGGCUGACCAUUCCAAGUCUCCGACUGCAUGUUCUCCAGAGAGUGAAGAAGGUGAAGAUGGAGUAAUUGUCUCUGAAGGCAUAAUGGAGGAAUAUUUAGCAUUUGACCGCAGAGAUGUGGAGGAGGAGUUGCAUGAAAGAAAAAUGGGACUGUCCUGUGGUAGAUGGAAAUUGGGGUUUCCUCCUAUCUCUCCGUAUUCCUGCAUGAAGGAUUCUGUGCUCACAUUUGUGUUUGAUGAUGUGUGGAGUGAAGUCAUAGGCUGCAUGGAAGAAUUAAUCUGCAGACAGUGGGAAGGGUCAGCCUCGGAUGAUGAGAAAAAUAUCAUAACGGUAGAAACAAUCAGAGCAGAUGCUGGAAGCCCUUUGCAGUUUGAUCCUCUGCCAGUGUUGUUACCUCGUGUGCCCCAAACUAAAAUGCCCUCAGUGACAUCAAAUCUGGUAAAUCUCUCUCAAGGGUCGAGUGGUAGCUCUCAACGUAAUCUAAAUGGCUUGAUGGUGAUACAUGGGAUCCAGCUACAGCAAAGGAAUCUGCCUGUAAUGGAGAAAACACUGGACCUGGAUGACAAACGGCCAGGCUCCAGUUCCAUCCUGUCUACAAGAGGGUGGCCAGAUCAGCUGCUAGAGCUCAGCACGUCAUCCCUGUCAUGUUCCACGAGGAGACGAAACCCACCACCACGUACCUGGCAUCCCAUCAACACAAGCUACUCUUGUACUGCAACCCCAGGGUCUGUGGAUGAUGUCUUCAGGGGAACUCGACUUCUGACUGCACAUGAGCAGCUGACCUCACCCUCCCCACUGCUGCUCAGCCGGAAUAAUCUCCUACCACCUAUUACUACCACCACCAUGGCAGAGCACGCGAGCACUGCGGGAUCCCAGAGGCAAAUGAAAUCUCGAGGGAACUCAAGUCGAGCUCACAGCGUAACAACACAAGAAGAUACCCACCAGCUACGGGAGCGGCUUCUCUUACCUGAUUGUUUCUCCAGGCCUAACACAACGAGCACGUUCUUGCCAGAUCCACAGCACCGCCGUUCUUGCACUGUUAUUGAUUAUAGUAAUCAAUCUUGGACAAGCAGAGGAUCAACAGGUUCAGGUCUUCAGCUGCAUGGUUCUUUGAAAGCCCACAGUCGAGGUGGAUCAGUCACAAAAAGCAAACAGGGGUUCUAAACGUGCCAUGAAGAAGUGUCCAUCCAUGGCCAGAGUCAUGCACCAGCUCUCAUUCUCAGCAACGUCAACAUUGUUUACAGCAGAGUCUUCAAACACCCAUCCUUAUGAAUAGUUAUUUAUCAAUCUAAGAAGCAGUUGCCAAAGAUUAGAAGGGGUAUACUUAAAACAUUCCAUUUGCUACCAGUAGAAGUAGUUAUACUCCAGUGGAAGGGUAAAUGCACUCCAGUGGGCAGUAAAGCCUAACUCCUAGAAAAUCCAGACAACACACUCAGCCACUGUUGUUUUCCCAUUACUGGCUUAUGACCUGUUCAUCUUGUUACAGGCAAGUACUGCAGGAUCUGCCAGUUUUUCUGUUAGCUCUACAGAAGAUGAAAGAUUUUCCAUAACAGCAGUAAUUUCAAUGUUAAAAGCUGUAUUUAUAUGUCUAAAGCAACAUUAUACUAUCAAAAGCAAGCACUACACGUUGCUGCUUCUACAACUCAGACAAGUUAUGAAUCCUGUAAUAACUGCAGCAGAUAUCAACGCAGUUGUAUAAAAAUAAGGUAGCAAGCCAGCUGAGCAGAACUGAUGACUUUAAGGGUAGCACACUAGUGACUCUUCCUGUGUUACAUACUUGGACCUCUUCCUCACUGACUGAAGGUGGAAGAGGCAGAAGGGACUCUUACUGCAAGUAGUUCCAGACAGUAUUCAAAGAAAGUACAUUGUCUUCCUGGCGGGAUAUUUCAUGGUAAUUUUGCAAAAUAGGUCAGUCUCCCUUUCUAAAAAUGCCUGCAAUUACCAAAGAUUUCUGCGCUCUGCCCUGAGGCUCCAAACCCACAGAUGCAACGACGUUGUUAGUAGAUGGGUUCUGCACUGGGACAGAUGUAUCAGUGGUAUUUGCUGCAGUUGGCCUUGUGGCUCCAAAUUAGACAAAAACAUGAAAUACAUGCUUCUAAGUGAUUAGCUGAAGGUCUUACUCCCAAACAGUAAACUCCAGAUGACAAAUAAGCGUACAGACGAGGUGAGGAUAACCACUUCAUGUGUUUUAACAAAAUAAGGACACUGCAUGAAAACAGUUUUUCCUUCAUAGUCCAAUUAAAAAGCACUUUCUUUCUAAAUUUCCCUUAUUAAUGUUUUCUAAAUUACAAUUCAUAAUGAAAAAAACUAGUCAGUAUUCUUUAGGAAGUAGCUCCUACUAUCCCAGUCUGUCAUGUAAUCUAUCGAAUGUUAGUGGUACCUGCAGAACAGCUAAUAAUUUUUAAUCAAUAUUGAAGUUAUUGAGUCCAGUUGAUCCAAGCAUGCUUUACUCAAAAAGAAGGGAAAAGAAAGCAAAGCAGAACUGUGCAAAUGUAACUAAAUUAGCUUUCCUUUGCAUUUCUAGUGGGGUGAAAAAAAAAAAAAGCUCUGGUCUCAGUUGAAAUCUCUUGGGUUUGCAUAGAGGCAAAUUGAUGCUAAAGAGAGGCCUCUGUUCACUAAACCCUUUCAAAAUACAAUUUCUUUUAACAGCUGACACUACUGGAACAUUGUACAGUGUGGCAUUUAGUUACAUCAAGCUCACUGGAGAUAAGCAUCCCCUCUAUACCGGUGCCAUUCCUCAGGGAGCAAGUUAGUGUUCUGUAGCCCUAGUGCAUAAGAGUUACAAAAAUAUACAAAUAAACUUGAAUAGACUUCUAGUAAUGUAAUGUAAUAUUUUAUAGCUAAGAGGAGUCAGUGUGUUAAAAAAGUGAAAGCAGUCUCAUCAUAAGGUAAUUUUUGGUUUCUGUACAAAUGGUUGACACGAGACUUCUGGGCUGGUAGGUAUCUCUUUUGUACAGUAAAAGUAACAUUCAGGUCCACGUGUUGUGCAACAUAGAGAUAUGCUGUACUCUCAGAAUCAGGAUAAGUUUUGAAAGAAGCCGCGUAAAGGAAUAGUUACCAUCUACCUCUAGCUUCCCCCUGGGAAGCUCUAUUAAAUAGCCAGCUCCUGAAUGCUAUCACUGAAGCAGUGAGGACUUUCAGCUCAAAUGGAAGUGUUCCCCUUGUCGCUCAUAAGCCUCUGAAAAAUGAUCCACAAAAUAAAGCCAGCCUCAUCCCUUUGAGACAGAGUUGAAAACUAGUUAAUUACCCUUCAAAUUCAUACCCCCACACACUGUCAGGUGGUUUAAAAACAGCUGAAGCAGAAACCCUUGAAGUAUUUGCAGAUCCUACUUAGGGAAUUCACUUCUGAAAUAACAGAAGGGUUGACAAAUAUAGUGAAGUAGCUAAUCGCUACCACCCUACAGCAGACUUGACUCUGAUGCUGUUGAAAUAACAAGCAAUGCAUUUCUGAGCUUUGGAACUCCUUGUCACGGGACACCACAAACCCUAGAAAUGCACAGAACUGACUCUCUCCUGUGGAUUUUUCAACUAUUGCCUCACCUCAGUGUGUCAGAGGAUUCCUACAGUGACAUACAUGCUGCAGUCUUCUUCCUGAGGCAUCUGCCACAGGCAAUCCAAGGCCAAACACGAGCUGGCCCUUUCAUGGAACAUGGCAUCACCAGCACUGACAUCACAGCUAACAAUGUAGCCAUAGUUACAGCUGCUAUACAAGUGUGUAGUAUUUACUUGACUUAAAUCAGUCAGAAGAGUCGACACAAUCAGUUUGUUUUGAACAGCUACAUAGAAAAGGUAGAGAGGGGUGGGGAAGCAACUUAGCACAAAAUUCUAUGAAAACUUUAUUAAAUCUGCAAUAUUCCAAAGUAUCUUUAUAAAACCACUGAAAAUACCUGUUGUGCUGAAGUUCAAAGACCUUUAAAAAACAGCAGAAGGUUUGUUACAUAAGAAACGUGAAUAGCAAAAAGAUAAGGUUUCCAACUCAGAAACUGCAGGAAUUGGCACUGAAGACUCUCAAAGGUGAGGGGUUACACCGUUUUGCCAUCAACUGUACCAAUAUCCAUUAGGUGUUUGGAAGGAAGCUGCUUCCAAAGAAGUUUAAUAAACACACCAUGGUCCCAAACCUCA